AUGGAGCUGCUUGUGUCGCCGGAUGCUGCCCGCAACAUUGCUGCGGGUGUACUGGAUCAGGAAGGUGGCGACCACCAGUGCCAUCACGGUGGUAUUGUUAAUCCAGCCGCAACGAUUGAUCUCGAGCAGGAACAGGUGGAAAAUGGUGUCGUCAUUAGUGAUAUUGCCAAAAUACCGCGCGUCCCAGGAGACGGUGCCCAAGCUCCGGACGACAAUGCCGACGACAGAUCACGACACGCGCCACCGACUUCCGUGCCACGAGCGGCGCCCACCGAGCGAAGCGAUCGAUUGCGGUCACUUUCCCUUGCCGAAUGCGAACCAGAAGCUAACCUGCCUAACCUGCCCUGGGGACCUGGGGACCUGCCUAAGAUUGAUCCGAGUCGCACCGAUGAUCCAAGCGGCCCUUUGGAUAGAGCUGACAAUGAAAAACCACAACCGAACGGGGUAAUGUCACCGUCCUUCACCAUCCAGCAGUGCGGCACCGACUACCAGGAGUGCAACAAGGGUGGCGACCCAUUACCACCACCCCCACCGGGCGGGGGAGAAUUACCCGGGUCAGCAACAAAUCCCCCCAGCGGCACCCACAAUGCCCCGCACACCAACAACACCUACUCGGCGUUCAAGCGCGGCAACGUGGUAAAGGGCAUACUGUGCCCAUCCAUGACGAACUCGUUCCGUGCACCGUCGCUCGAGCGAUCCUACCUGACCUACUCGCACCGCCAGCGGCAGAAGUCGCUGAUCCUGGUGAACGUGGUGGACCUGGUGCUGAAGGUGGUGCUGGCCUCGGUCUGGAUCGGCUUCAACAGUGGCAUGACAAUCAAGCCGCACGAGGUGACCUGGUCCGUGUGCUGUAUCAUUUCAAACUUUCUGAUCUGCGUGCUGGGCAGCUGGCGUCUGUUCGCUAACAACUAUCUGCAUUGGGCGGCCGUCUGCACCUGGCUGCUGCUGAAUCUGCAGGGAUUCCUCGGCGAAGGGUUGGGCUUUGCCGAGCGCGAAUAUUUGAUCUGGUACGUGCUGUUCAUUAUCUUCGUCCCGUACGCCAUGCUACCGUUGCCGCUGAAAUGGUGCAUGAUUGCCGGCUCGAUGACUGCCAUUUGCCAUUUGGUGGUGACAUCGCUAAACAAAUUUCUCCACGACAAGGAUCCGAGCUGCAUCGUUCGACAGAUGAUUGCCAAUCUGUUGCUAUACCUGGCCAUCAACUUUGCCGGCAUGUACACCAAAUAUCUGACCGACCGCGGACAGCGGUUAGCCUUCAUCGAAACCCACAAAGCGAUGGAGCACAAGCGCGAAUCGGAAAAGGAGUACCAGCGUACGCAGCGAUUGCUCGACUCAAUUCUGCCCAUGUUCGUCAACAAUGACAUCCGAAAGGAAAUGUACAAAUCGCCGGAACAGGCCCAGGUCGAUACACAGUUUAAGAAGCUGUACAUCUACCACAUGGACAACGUUAGCAUUCUGUUUGCGGACAUUAAGGGCUUUACCGAGCUGGCGAGCAAAACGUCCGCCCAGCAGUUGGUCAAGAUAUUGAACGAUUUGUUUGCACGGUUCGAUAAAAUUGCUGAGGACAACCAUUGUUUGCGUAUUAAACUGCUCGGCGAUUGCUACUAUUGUGUGUCCAUGUUCGACAGUCAAAGCUGGAAAAGCCGUCCCGAUCAUGCGGUGUGUAGUGUCGAAACUGGUCUCCAUAUGAUUAAGGCCAUCAAAGACGUCCGGUGUCAGACGAAUGUGGAUCUGGAUAUGCGUAUCGGAAUCCAUAGUGGUUCGGUAAUGUGCGGUGUGUUGGGCGAAAAGAAAUGGCACUUUGACGUGUGGUCCAACGAUGUCGUCAUUGCGAAUCACAUGGAAUCGGGCGGUGUCCCCGGUAGGGUCCAUAUCUCCGAGGCCACCCUGAAGUGUCUCAACGAUACGUACGAGGUCGAACCGGGCAACGGUGGAAGCCGAGACAGCCAUCUGAAGAUGAUGAAUAUCAAAACCUUCCUCAUCAAGCGAACCGAACCAUUGCGGCCACGUAAGCGUCUCAUGGAUCGGCAGAGCACGGUACAGUUCGAGAAGGAAACGGCUGCACGUACCGGCGAAUCCCGCUUCCGGAAAGAUUCGAAAACUCCUAGCAUCACUUCCAACAGCACAAAUACGACCGGCACGACGGCCACAUGUUCGGCAGCCUCGGCAACGAGCCAUGGCACCGGGCAUGCGACCCAUCAGCACACCAACAACAACAACACUAGCAACAAUAACAACAACCAUAUCACAAAGCGCACAAGCAAAUCGACAAUCCACGAAGAUGAACCGACCACCGACUGGAUACCCGAGAUUCCGUUCAAGAAUCUGAACGAGUGCGGUGUGAACGCGGCGGAAAGCUUCCGCGACAAGAAACACUCCGACCGGGAAGAUCCACUGACGUCGACGGAGGAGGUGGACGAGCUUAUCGAUCAGAGCAUACAGAUCAACUCGAAUAAGGAGAUUCGUCAGGAGUAUCUGUACACGUGGACGCUCAAGUUUAAGGAUUCGUCCCAGGAAGGCACCUUCUGUCAGCUGCGUGAGGACAUGUUCCGUUCCAAUAUGCUGUGCGUGUUUGUGGUGUGGAUCUUUAUCGUACUGUGCCAAGCUGUGAUUAUUCCACGAUGCACAAUACUGAUCGUCGCCCUGUCGAUCACCACGUUUCUCCUGACGGUCGGGUGUAUCCUGGUGAUGGCUGAGGAGUUCUCCGGGUUGCCAAAGUUUCUGCAGAAAAGCUCCUCGACGCUCGUGCACGAUCGCAGCAGGCGAACGAUUUUCGUCUGCCUCACCAUCAUCCUGAUGUCGAUCGCUAGCUCGAUGGGCCUGAUGAUGUGUGAUCUGGAGGAGGUGGAAAUCACACCGGACCGUAGUACGGUAAAUCCGAGCUAUUCACACUGGCAGGCCGACGGUCUGCUGAAUGUGAACAGUACCUCGGUGACGUUUAUGCGACGCGCGCUUGGAGCAGCGAUGGAGCUUAACUUGGUGAAUCGUACUCUGAAUGAGCUCGAAUCGAACACCACGGAGGCACCAAUCGAACUGCAGAGUGACGAAUUGUUCGAGGAUGAUGGACAAACAGAAAAUCCGAACGUUCUGCACCCAUCCUGUGUGCAUCCCGAGUACGUUGUGUUCACUUGGGUGCUCUGCUUGAUCUCACUGGCGACAGCCCUUAAACUGUACUACCUGGUGAAAACGUUUAUGGCCAUUGCCAUGGUCGCGUGCUACUCCUUCCUAAUACUGCUCGUGUUCGAAAGGGUGUUCGAUUCGUACGAUUUGCAGUACAUACAGGCCAGCGGUAUGCCACUGGCAGCACAGAUGAUGAUCCUGCUGGGUGUCUUCCUAACGAUGGUGACCUAUCACGCACGGCUUGUGGAGGUUACAUCGCGGUUGGAUUUCAUCUGGAAGGAACAGGCCGAAAAGGAACUCUCAAACAUGAAAUCCAACCGCCAUCUGAAUGAUCUGCUGAUUAAGAAUAUUCUCCCGGAUCAUGUCGCCACGUACUACCUGUCCGAGGAACGCACCGAUGAGCUAUACGCCAAGAUGCACGAACUGUGCGGCGUGAUGUUCGCCUCCAUACCGAACUUUAAAGACUUCUACUCGGAGGACAUUGAGAAUGGGAAGGCUUGCAUACGCAUACUGAACGAGAUCAUAUCCGAUUUCGAUUCGCUGCUGGAAGAGCCACGAUUUGAGAAGGUCGAAAAGAUCAAAACAGUCGGAGCGACGUACAUGGCCGCAUCGAAUCUCUGCUCCACGAAAAAACAACACGUUGACGAGCAGGACGAGGAAGCAGUUUGCGAUUUGGUGGAGUUUGCACUAGCCAUGCGCCAGAAGCUGCAGGAAGUGAACAAGGAUGCAUUCAACACGUUUCAGCUGCGCGUAGGUAUCAGCAGUGGCCCGCUAGUCAGCGGAGUCAUCGGUGCCCGCAAGCCAGUAUACGACAUCUGGGGCAACACGGUAAACGUUGCCUCGCGUAUGGAUUCGACCGGUGAAAAUUGGAAAGUUCAGGUACCGGAUUACACUGCCGCCCUGCUGCAGACGAAGGGAUACACUUGCGUGCAACGUGGUGAGGUAAAUGUGAAAGGUAAAGGACUAAUGCUAACCUACUGGGUGCUGGGCAAGAACAUAUCUGCCAGUCAAUUAACGUCGCCUGCCCUCGUGCCGGCCGGUGUCCCCCAGGCACAGACACCGUCUCUACAGCGACAAACGUCCCAGCACAGCUCGCUAGCGGCGGUCGUGUUCGGCAUGAUGCAAGCCUCCAAGCGGAGUAAUAUAAACACAACACCAACCGCAACGCCUUCUCCGAGAACCCGAUUCGGGCGACGGGGAAGCACAUUCAGCUCAGUGAGAUUGAAUCAGAGAGCGCCGUGUAACAAUCCGGUGCGCCGCAAUACGACUCGUGUCCGUGGCCGUAGUUAUACCAUGAAAAAGUAUCCAACCGUUUCAUCGCCGACGAUGGGCUCAACUAUGCCAGCGGAGGAUUUCGGCAUCAGUCCCCACAUACCAUCAUUCCGGCAAUUGCACCAGGAACCACCCAAAUCCCACCAGACAGGCCUGUGA